UUUUCUUUUCUUUUUUUUCCCAAACCGAGCAGGGAGGACCGUGAACUACGCAGCGGACUGACAACAAACCGACCGAGACAACAGGGAGAGGACGACAGCUCACACUGAGGACAUUUGCAUUCUUAUUUAAACUUCUGUUUCCCUGCUGACAUCGUUUAAGCGGCGGAAUAACGACACUAAAGGAGGAAACAGCUUCAAAUGGAUCGAUACAACGACCUGGAUUUGGACCUGGAGUGUGAUGGAGGAGGAGGAGGCGUCGCUCAAAAAGCAGCGAUGUUUGGUGGGAUGUUGAAGAAAUCCACAAAGUCCAGAGAACCGUCCGGCAAAGCAGAGGACAGUUUAUCGACCAACAGUGACCUUUCAAAGAGCAGUGACAGUCUGACAGACAACGACAGCACCAAGGACAAAGGAGGAGUGUUCAAAGGAAUGUUUAAGAAGACGAACAAAUCUGCCAAAGAGGGUCAGCCACAGGACUCCAUCUCAUUACAAAACCCUGAGCUGUCUGCCAGCAGUGACAGUCUAACAGACAAGUCCUCAAAGGAAAAAUCCGGUGUGCUGGGUGGGAUACUGAAACGACAUGUCCGGAGGCCGUCACAGGAUCUUCUGGAUGUCUCAGGCAGUAAUGAAAAUCUGGUAGAAAACACCAACACUAAGGAGUCAGGAGGGAUGUUCAGUGGGAUGUUUAAGAAGCCCUUGAAACCUUUUGCGAGGACAAAAUCUCAGGAGGAUUUGACUGCACCCGACGACCUCUCAGGCAGCAGCGACAACCUUUCUGUGAAUAGCAACACUAAGGAGACAGGCGGGAUGUUCAGUGGGGUGUUUAAAAAACCAAAAGCCAAGACAAAAUCUCAGGAGGAUGUGACUGCACCCGACGACCUCUCAGGCAGCAGCGACAACCUUUCUGUGAAUAGCAACACUAAGGAGACAGGUGGGAUGUUCAGUGGAAUGUUUAAAAAAUCUCCAAAGCCCUUUGGAGCAAGAACAAAAUCUCAGGAUGACUUGUCUGCACCCGACGAGAUGUCCGGCAGCAGUGAAAAUCUUUCUGAGAACCACACAAAGGAGAAAGGAGGAAUCUUCAGCGGUGUGUUCAAAAAAAAAGGAGCCAAAUCUCAGUCUCAGGAUGAUUUGUCUGUGAAUGGUGAACUCUCAGCCAGCAAUGACAGUCUAGCAGAGAAACCUUCAAAGAGUGGAGUGGCAGCAAAGAUCCUGAAGAAUCCUUUCAGUUCCUCAUCUCAGGAGAAGGAAAAGGCCGAACACUCAGGAGAGUCAAGUGAGAAAAGCUCCGCUGCAGAGAAGCCUAAAGCCAAACAGAACGGCUUCAGUGCAAUGAUGAAGAGCACAUUCUACACUGACAAACAGGAGAAGAGCUCCAGCACUGAUGAUGAGGAGACACUGGACGAUGGAAGUAGCCAGCCCAGUCACAAACAGAGUAAACUAGCUGGGGCAAUGACAAAGCUGAAUCCAUUUCGAGCUGCGAACAAACACGAGAAGCAGACAGGCUCAGAUGAAGAGGAUCCAACUGUGAGCAGCGAGAAGUCAUCAGGCCACAAACAGAACGCCAUGGUUGAAGCCAUGUCCAAACUGAACCCAUUCCGCUCUGCACAUAAAAAAGACACAGAAGACACAGAGACACUCGAGGAGACUGAGAAACAAGUGGAAGAGAAGCCAAAACCGGUCAAAAGAAACAUGAUCCAGCAAGAACGCAAGGAAAGAAGUGAAACGCCGCUGGUCCCACCCAGACCAACAGAAGAGGAGAUGAAGGGGACGGUCACGUACAACAAAGUAAAAUCAAGAAGAACUGAGGAUAACAAGGAUAACAAGGACAUGACUGCCAAAGAGAAAAAAGAAAAACCUGCAGAAACUCCUGUAGUUCCUGCAAGACCGUCGGAGGAGGAGAUGAACAGAGGACCGAGACAAAAGCAGAAGAAAAACCACCAGAAUCAGUCAGGUGACGAAGCCACCAAAGAAGAAGACGAAUCUGCUGUGACUAAAGAUGAGGCAAACCCUUCAGAGAGCAAACCAACCAAGGUGAUAAAGCCAAAGCGCCAUAAUCCAUUUAUGCCACGCACUGCAACAAAGGCCAGUAACCAGGCUGCAUCUGAUGACGAAGGGCUGAAAGAAGAUGAAGAGUCUUCGUCCAGAGAGGAGAAGAAAGAAGAAGAGGAGGAGGGCAAAGAAAAAACAGAGGAGACCAAAGUCAAGAAACCCAAGAAACACAACCCUUUCAUGCCUCGACUCAAGGCCAAAGUUAUACAACGGCCCGGACAAGACGAUGCUGCAGGCAACGCGGCAGAGAAUGAAGGUGCAAACAGGACCCUGUUUGACCAGCUGGAGGACUUCCGUAUUGACCCCGCACAACCUCAAGGCGCUCAGGAUGUGGAGGAUCUUAUGGACUGGUGGAACACAGUGGAGCCAUGGGAGGAUACGCCUCAAGAUGAUGACAUGACAGAAAAAGAAGAGGCCAAGGCGUUUGCUGUGACAGCAGAGAAAGUGCAGAAGGGCAUUCGUGUCUUCAACAAACUGUUCUCGGAGCGAGCGGAGAGCCUGUGGCAGCACGUCAUCGACCUCAACAGCAUCGCCGACGGCCUCGACAAGUUCAACAAGAAGACAAAGAUCGCUCAAAUCACCGGCGGCUCCACCAGCGCCAUCGGGGGCGUCGCCACCAUUGCCGGCCUCGCUCUGGCUCCAGUUACCUUGGGAACCUCCUUAAUCGUGACGGCGGUAGGACUUGGCGUCGCCACGGCCGGCGGUCUGACGUCAGCAGGCGCUGGCAUCUCCAACCAGGUCAACAACUCAAUGGACCGCAAGAAAGUAGAGAAGAUCGUGGAGGACUACCAGGAGAAGAUGGUCGACCUCAACAAGUGCCUCAAGUUUGUCAAACAGGGGAUCGAGAACCUGCGGAAGUUCGACCUGAUCAAGAUGAAGAAACAUGCGUACAAUCGGGACUUCCCCGUGCUCAGUAGCAGUUUCUACGAAGAUGGCGCCAUGGCAGGAAAGGCAAUCCUCAUCAACGCCAACGAGAUCAUGCGUGUGGUGCAGAUCGCCAACGUGGCAGGAAGCACUGCUGCCAGAGCAGUUCAGAUCGCCAGCAUGGCCACCGGCGUGCUCACUGGACUCUUUGUAGGUAUGGACAUCUACUUUGUGGCCAAAGACUCCAAAGAACUCAAGAAAGGUGCAAAGUCAGAGUUUGCUGCCAAAAUCAGGGAUGUUGCUACACAGCUGCAUGACGGUCUGGUGGAGCUCAACUCAAUACGAGAGGAGCUGCAGUCGACCACGCCGGAAAACAACGCAGGCAGUGAUGGCGAAGCUCUGGACAGUGACAAGAAGGAAAAAGAAGACAAACAUGAGAGUUCAGAUGAAGAGGAAGAUGAAAUCGACCGCAUUAAAAAAGCCAUCAAAAAGGACUACGAGAACAGAGAAUAUGUUUGACACUUAACUGGAAAAAAUGCCUUAAACUUGUUUGAUUCCUCUGUCAAGGUGGAGGUAAGAUUUUAGUGCAGUUUUUUUUUAAAGUCUGUUUGUAUAUUUGUCUGUCUGUCAAGAAAAUUAUGCAAAAACUACCCAACCAAAAUUCCUAAAACGUUUUGAGAAGUUGAGCAAGGCCAAAGAAAAUACUCAUUAAGUUUAGGUGUGGAUUCGGAUCACUUUCUUUCGAAAUGUGGAAUAGGACAUUGGUCAAAAAACUGCACUUUGAAAAUGUGCUUUUCUGACUAUUAACGUUUCAAAGAAAAGGUUCAAUCAUCGCCAGUUCUUAAAAAGGUCGUAUAAAGUAAAACUAUAAUCAGACGUAUUUUGAAUGUCCCAAGAGGAAACUCCAUUCUUCAUGAAACCAAAAGUAUAAUACCGAAACUUUCCGAUUGGGGAACUUACUUAUUGAAUCUCAGCAUUUACACUACACUGGGCGGAACUGAAGUUUUGUGGUAGAUGUGUCAUAUUUGUUUUCCUUGUGUCAAACUGCCGCAUUGUCUUCUCAGAUCAUGGGAUUCAGAGAUUUAAGUCAAUAUGUAUUUGGAUCGUAACAUCUUAAAUAAAAGAAAUUGGUGCAGUAAGUAUUUUCUGGACUUCAUGUGUUGGUUGGAUUUUCAUCAGUUUGUAGUUGUUCAUAUUGAAACACUGAGACUUUUUCUGACCAGGUGUAGAGAUUGUUUAUAGUCAAAGGGUUGAGUGCCUUUAUUAUUUAUGAUGCCUUAGAAAUACAUUGUGAUGCUGUGCAGCAUUGGUCUGUUUCCUUCUGUUGUUUUUCUGGCUGUCAGGGCUGCAGUGAAACCAUCUCCCCACAUGCUUGAGGUUGUGAAUUUGUUGAGGAAUGUUUUAAAGUUGCAUACGACUUAAUGUCACUGGACACUGAUACGCACCACAUUAGGUAGAUUGGUUUUACUGAACAAACAUUAAAAUGACCACGAGAAAAGAACAGAAUUGGAUAGCACAGCUGUUUGUUAAUUCAAUUUUGGAUGUAAAGACUUUUCUUAAGUUCGUAGCUCGUUUUAAAAUCAUGAUUCAUCAAAGUAAACUGGGCUGCCAAUUAAAACUUAAGGAACAUGUAGGUAAUGUGUGAAACAUCUGCGGUGCCAAAAGCAGUUACCUGUGCAAAUGUGCUUAACAAGUGAGAUGAUAAACUUCACUGCCAGUCUUAUGUAAAUGUAGAUAUUUUGUUUCAUUUAUAAAAGCACAUGUUUAGUCAUAUUUCUUAGUUCUAUUCAUGCAGUUUAAGAUGAGUGGGAAAUGUCUGGUUAAGCUCAUCUAGCUGAUGGUAUUUGGUUAUCUAGUGCAAUGUUUUGGCCUAUUUUGGAAUUUGUGGCGUAUCAUCUUUCUUCCCAGGCUACCUAAUUAUUAAACAGCAUUUUGUGACCCAUGUUUUUACAUUACUUUUAACACUCUCAAUCUAGACUGACAUUAGCUUUGUUGGUUCCAGUUGGUUCCAGCAGCUCGGCUGCACUUAAACUUGGCUGUUAAUGGGUGUAGUAACGCAGGAUGAAUGCUUUUUGCAAAGUUUGCAUCUUGCUUUAAAUGUGUUAUGUGUCCAACACUUUAAAACUUUAACCAAGCCAAGUUUGAAUUUUUGAAUCCAAUCCUGCAAACACAGUAGGAAACACAAAAACGUUAAAAAAACGUCUCAUAAAUGAAUUAAUAGGAAAAAACUGACAGUCAAGUUUUCCUUUAGGACUCCUAUAAAGGUAGCCUUUAGUUUUAAAUCAUGUUUCCAUUCUAAUGAAAUGUUUUAAUAGUUGUCUGGUUUAAAAAAGUCGCUCAUUCGAUGAGUGGGAUGACAGGGUGGUAAAAACCAGGUCGGGCCCGAUAAGAACCGAUUUCUUGUCAAGACUGUUAACGCAGAGUGAAAGUUUGAAAGGUUCUAUAAGCUCUGAUGGUGUCACCUCUCUUUGUUGAAAUUCAUAUUUGUUUUUACAUCUUUGUUCUGGGUGGAGUUGAUCAUUCAAUGAUACCUUCUAUGUGCAAUAUACUGUCCAUGUGUAAUAAAUAUAAAUGCAAAAUUAAAAGCCAGAGAAUCAU